UAAUGUUGACCGUCAUUUGUUUACGUCUGGUCCUUGUAGUGUUGUUGUUCGCCAUGAAGCUUCAGCUUUGUAAUUUCAGUGGAUAUAAAAUCCAACCCGGCCAUGGGAAAACCAUGGUCCGGACUGAUGGCAAGGUAUAUGUAUUCCUCAGUGCCAAGUGUGAGCGUGCCCACAUGAUGAGAAGAAAUCCUCGAGAGAUACGAUGGACAAUUCUCUAUAGGCGUAAGCACAAGAAGGGCAUGGAAGAAGAGACCACCAAGAAACGCACUCGCCGUACCCAGAAAUACCAUCGUGCCAUUGUUGGAGCUUCUCUCACAGACAUUAUGGCCAAAAGGAACAUGAAGCCAGAAGUACGGAAAGCCCAACGGGAACAAGCUAUCAGAGCUGCCAAGGAGAAGACUAAGGCAGCCAAGGCUAACAAGAAGGCUAAUGCUCCAGCUGCUGGCAAAACAAAGAAAACAACUCAGAAGGCGCCCAAGGUGCCUAGGGCUGGUCGUCCUGGUCAUGGUGGACAUGGUGGCCGUCGAUAAUUUAAUGAUCCAUAAAUAAAAAAUUCCUUAUG